GAGUGUAACAGAGAUAUCAGAGAGAAGAAGUCAAGACAAGACAAGACUUUUUUUUUAAUCAGAAGGGCCUCAUAAGAGAAGACCUGACAGAACACAAGGGAUACUCGGUAUCUUUUUAACUGGUGACUAAGCCCUGUCUAAAAAGGGAUAUAUAAUAACAGAUAUGCUGAUGGCAGUAGAUAAAAUGAUGGAAAUAUGGAAGAGAGGAGACAUAGAAAAAGAGCCAUCCCGAAUCGACAAAGGAAUGGAGUCUCAGCCAGGAAAAAAAAUACCCCAUUCAAUUGAAGAAAUUUUGAAAAGGCCCUCAAAUGUCAGGAGAGAAGGUGGAGUACCUUGUAACUGGUCUGUUAUCAAAGAAAAUAACCAAGUAUAUGACCAGCACCCAUGCACAGAAAUUAGACUUCUUGAAGAGGCUCCAAAAGCUACUGGACAGUACAAGAAUCAAAGAAAAAAGAGGCAAACCAGGGUCACUUUCACACCAUUCCAGGUGCAGGAGCUGGAGAAGGUUUUCCAGCAGACUCACUACCCAGACAUUAGCACCAGAGACCAGCUAGCCUCUCACCUGCACCUCACUGAGGGCCGAAUACAGAUUUGGUUCCAGAACCGCAGAGCCAAAUGGAGGAAGGCUGAAACACUCAAAGAUAUAGAGCUGAUUACCAGACGGCACUUGAUUUCGACCAAUCUUCACCUGCUUUAUCAUGAGAAGCCCCAGCUGCAGACAGUGUGCUGCCUGCCUUGCUGCUUACCCAAACCUCUUCAAUCAAGGCUGUACUUCAGUUCAUCAACAACACCAGCUGUGCUGACCAGAGCGCAUUCCCCAGGUCACAGGACACUCUUUUUUGACAUGCUGGGUACAGAACGAUAGCACCUCUGCUAUUCUCGCACGACAUUUUUUUUUUUUUCCCCUCAAAGUGUUUUAGUAAUUAACUAAAUUAGGUUAAAAUAAUAAUAAUAACAAUAGUUUGUGAUGAUGCACAAAUGUAAAAGCAGAAUGCAAUCUGUAAAAUACCGCAGAUAUAUAUGAAGCUGAAAUAAGAGUGCUUUUUAUGAGCUGAUAAUGUUUUUCAUUUUUUUCAUUUCAAUAAAGCUGAUUACUCAAAAUAUUCUGAUGGCUGCAUAUGAAAUAACAGACCUUGUGACUAGUCUGUGCUGAUGUAUUUGUACAGAUAAAGGUUUGAGGGCAUUCUGUACUGUGAUAUAUUUCUUGGUAGACAGAGCUGUGUCACUGCAGUGUUACUGUGCAGCAGAGCAUUUAGCCUUUUUUUUCAUGACACCACACUUCCUUGUCAGCGAUGAGAUACAGCCAUGACCUGUUCAUCUGUCUGACUUUCUGACAACCUGCUCUUAUCUUAAUUUGGGCUUAUAACUUGAGGUUAUUGGCAGGUCAGCUUUAGAUAACAUGUGGGAUCAAAGGAGAAAUUCAGGGUGAAUUAUGACUGUAUAUUGAAGCUGUAGAGGUGUGCAAAUAUUUGUGCUCGAGAUUAAAUUAAGAGUGAAAUGUUUUGAUUCAUUCUUGUUUCUUUAUAAAGCAAAUGUUACAUAUUUGCAUUCUGUAAGUACUUUUCAUGGCCUUCCCCCAACAACUCAUACUUACCAUUCACCUUGAAACCUUGUGACAAUUUAGGGAGGUUUUUUUUUGAAGUUUUUUUUUUUCUGGGAAGUGUUGCAUAGGCUGGUUCUCAAAUAAUUACCAAUUAUAAGAAUGAUAAAACAGCGUCUCCUUGGCUAUCAAUUCAAUAACUGACUUGACAGGGUCAUAACUGAUUAAGUUUAACAAGGCUCUGAGUACAGUUAAACUUUUCACCCUGUUCUUAUCGUACUUUAUUGCAUGUGUUUGCUGUAAGAUAAACCACACUGCUGGCUACGGGGUGGGGGAAUAGUAAGGGGACAAAAAUAGCUGGUGGAAAGAGAAAAAACAGCAACCUUGACCAUACUUGUUUAGCCAUUAUUUUAUGUGGGUUUCUAUUCUAAACUGGCAUCUAUAGUAGACUGUGUUUACUUGCAUGGACACCGUGCUUACUGAGACCAUACAGAUUACCAAAUGUCAAAUAGUUUUGGUAAUUUUUUUUUAUCAAAUGUUUGCUUAAUGUUUAUUCACAUUUUAUCUUGAUUUACUGUUUUAUACUUUGUCACUGUUUGAUUUGUCUUCCUUUUAUCUUUUAUUGUCUGAGUUUGAAAGGCCCAAUAAUGAUCAGCUUCACCCACUUACCUAGAAUGCAUCAUAUUUUCCAUGUAACUAAGAGACAUCACUGGUCAUAAGUGCCAUAAAGGAAUCAACACAGGAAGAAACUACCCAAAGUAUAUGCCAGUCUUUGAAACUGCAAAAAGAACUCACUUCACUUAGACACUGGCCUACAUCAGGACUCCUGUUUGGUAUUAAAAGCAUAUCGGUGCCAGUGAUGCAAUAAAAAUGCCAUCAAGCUGUUGCUUAAGCUCUGUUUAAAUACAAUGGACACAGAGAACUUUCAUGGACUAAAUACAAGCUGAAAGUGACUUUAUAUUUUGUUGUCUUUUGAAUAUCUGAUGUAUUAUCUCUGUUAUAUCUAC